AUGGCUGCGGGCGCUGUCAGGCGCUUCGGGCUGCUGUUCUGCGCAGCGGCCGUCUGCCUCUUAUGGCAGUGGCAGUUGCUCGCAGCGCCUGCUGCGACGCUGACAGUGCCACUGGAAUGCGAGUUCGACGCGGCAAUCCUGAGCAAUGGCCAUAUGUUCACCAAGCAAGCUGACGUUUUGCGAUCACACCCAUGGAAGACAAAUGGAAGCGUCGCCGUGUUCUGGCAUAUAGGGCCCGGGCUCCACGCAGCGCAAGUCGUUUGGGAGCAGUUCCACCUUUUGCAGCAGACUUUGUGGAGGCUGCGCCGCGUGGUGCAGAGCGAGCCCAAAGUCUACGCGGCUUUGCAGGAGGCAGGUUGGGCCUCCCGCACAAGCUUCUGGCUGGCACGGCGCUUUUCGGAGAUGCCCAACUCCUUUGUGGAACUUGGGCCGGCCUUGGGGCAAGUGAACGCUCCUGCCUAUGAGAGCGGCACGCAAGAGCACUUGUGGAGGUAUUGCCAAGGUGAACAGUCGGAUCUUGUGCUUUACCUGCAUACCAAGAGCGCGCCAGUGUGGCGGCGCAUCAUGCAGCACUUCCUGCUGACUCGCGCUGAGGAUGUGCUCUGCAACCUGGACCAUGGCUGGGACACAGCGGGCCCGCUCUUCCAGAAUCACGUGGGCUGGCCCCACUACCGUGGGAAUUUCUUCGGGGCGCGCUGCGAGCAUGUGAGAAAGCUGCCCAUGCCGGUCAUGGAGCCUCCUUCGGACAGCAACAUCCCGGGCUAUGUUCAUGGCACCGGCCGCUUCGCGGCAGAGGCUUGGCUGCUGCGCACUGCGCCAGAAGCGAGUAGACCCAGCUACGUGCGGAAUUGCUUUGGGGUGCCGGCCAACAGGACCGGCAUGCCCCUGGCAAAGUGUGAGCACUUGGAAGUGGACACGGGGAGCCUUGCCAUGAAGAAGGAGAUGAACUGGGUUCAGCUCUUGACGGACCAGCGCGUGAGUUGCAGGGCCGCUCUGCCUGCGCUGUGGCCGUUGGAGUCCGGAGUCUCCUGCGUCGGGAGUCCGGCGCUCCACUUCCACGUGGAGUACGCCUUGAAGCGGGUGGUCGGUGAGGUUGCCCUGCUUCUUGGCCUUUUCCAGGACCGCAAGAGGUCAAGAGAGGCGAGCAGUGAGGAGCCUCUCAGACGCAAGAAGGACAAGAAGGACAAGUCCAAGAAGGAGAAGAAGGAGGCUAAGGCUGUCAAGAGUGGCAAGGAGCGGGGAGUCUCGGAGAAGAGGCUGGCAGUAAAGGAGGAGUACACCAGCGUCUCCCCCGACCCGGAGGCGGUUUCUUCUUCCUGGCGGCCUAGCCUCUCCAGAGGGGAGAGGAUUUCGGAGACCUUCCAGAAGAAAGACCUGAGCUACAUGCCCCUGAGGAUCCGGAAGAGGCUGGCAGGGUAUUACCUGGGCAGAGAUGUGGAGAUCGUCUUGAAGGCCGAGGCAAAGAUAGAGGACGAGCUGGGCCGGUGGUUGAAGGUGCAGCUGUGUGGCACUCCCGACGCAGGCCUCAGGGAGUGGGGUCUCAAGAGCCGGAGCUUAUUUAUAUCUUUGAGGAUGAUACCGCAAGACCAACACCUGCGGGACGAAGAGCUCUUUUACACGACCCAGGUGAAGGAGGUGGACCCGGAGUUGGAAUGGAAGAGCAAUUGCCUCCCCGAGCCGAGUGGCCCCCAUCAGAGUUUGGGGGAACUGGGAGGCGUGGCGGAAUUGGCAGAGGAGAUGGGUUUUGGCUCUCCAGUGCGAGGGCGCCGAGCGGGACGUGCCCAGGAGACGGAGGGCACAGCUUUGCCUCCCGCUGCUCCCAGGAAUUUCCCCGUGGACGGGAGAGAGUUGUCUUACUCUCCGCAGAGAGCAGACGAAGGCGAGAAAGAAAAAGGCAGAGAAGCCAAGAAGAAGAAGAAGAAGAAGAAGGCCAAGGACAAGGUACGCGUGCUGGAGAUGCUGAAGCAAAGCAGGUGGUCGUGGCGAGGAUCGAGCCUCGAUCCGGAGUUCAAGAGGCCGAAGAUAAAGCUGAGGAGAGGAAAAGGAGACAGCGACUCCAGCAGCAGCAGCAGUCAUUCGGGCGGUCCCAAAUCCAAGGUGCUGGAUUCGGACGAGGAGCUCCUCUUCCCAGAGGAGAGCCAGGCCAAAUAUGUGGCCAGGCGAUGUCCCGGGCUGCUAGCCAAGAUGGGGCUCCAGCGGUGCAGGAAGACCCUGUGCGAUGGGAUGGGUCUUUCGCUUGCCAGCAGGGAGCCGGGGCCCGCCAUGGUUCAGUACUUCCGCCAGACUCUCUCGCGUCUGAACCCGUCGCGCCCAUUGGCAAGAGAGGCUUUGUCGCUCUGCGCGGUCAUGGACCAGCUCUUCGAGGGGGAGGUCGUCCGAGCGCUGGAUGUCAGCAUGCAACGCCUGAAAUACCUCGAAGCCAUCAUGCGAGGGAGACGCCCGGAGGUGGCGUCAAGGAUGGAGUUGAUCCCGGAGAUCCUCAACAGCGUCGCCACAGACGAGGAGCUCCGGACGGCUGCAAAGGAGCAGAAGCAGGACGAGCGUUUGCAGGCCUCCGCGGGGAGGCGCCCCUGGACAGGGGGCAGCGGGUCAGCAAGUGGAGUUCAUCAAGACCAAGGAGAUCAAGGCGCCCCCUGGCAAGGAAAAGGGGGCGAUCACGCCAACAAGAGUUACCCGAGCAAAGGCGGGAAGCCGAAGGGCAAGGAGAAGGGCUCCAAACAGUCGGAGGUGGUGAAGCCCAAGCCCGCGGACGCCUGA